AUGUUAUGGUCACUGCUUGUGAUGACUUUUCAUUUACCAAAUAUUCACUCAAAUGGAGUUGAAGUAUUGCCAAACUGCGAUUGUCGUGACUGGAACGGUGGAUGUAGAGCAAGUGGUGAGGAGUGGCUUGAUGAUGAGACUUGGGUUUAUAGCUGCGAGGGAAAAAAUGGCAGUGGAAAAUCAAAAUUUAUUGCUUGUCAAGGAAAAAAACUGCUUAUACCAGCUGGUGAUAAUCAAACAGUGGAUGGCUUUUGGUUUAGCUGUAGCUAUAAUUCAUUCGUGCUCAAAUAUGAAGAAGAGCCAAGAUGUGUAAUAAAUAAGACACAGUAUCACGUGGGAGAACAAUUUCGAGAAGGGUUUUUUAAAUGGAUUUGUAUGGAAAAUGGUAGAUGGAUAACAGGUUGUUAUUAUCAAAAUGAAACAAAAGACUGGAUUUUGUUAGAUAUCGGCCAAACUGGUUACAAUGGCCUUGUGAAGCAUACUUGCGACCGAUAUGAUGAUUACCCUGGAAGAGUCCAAUAUUAUGCGGAGGUGCGAACAGAUAUACCUGUAAAACAUCCUACAAAUAAAGGAAAGAAUCAAAAUUUACCCGAAUUGGUUGAUAACCGUCUGAAAGAAAUACCUGUCCGAUGGCUACAUGCAAAUGCUGCCACUUUUAUUGACAACAGUAAAAACUUUAUCUCAAAAGUUCGUUACUUGCAUAAUUUUUACGUGUGA